UUCUGGGUUCAGUGGCAGGGACUCAGAGAAUCAUUAACCGCAGUGGACUAUCUUGCUGGUGGAUGCCUUUGCUCCCCUUUAAGUCAACAUCUGGGACUGGGACAUAGUUUCCCAGGUGCCGUCGGCCAGUCCCGACAUGGACCAUAAGGAAGUAAUCCUUCUGUUUCUCUUGUUUCUGAAAUCAGGCCAAGGGGACUCCCUGGACGGCUAUGUAAGCACCCAGGGGGCUUCGCUGUUCAGUGUCACCAAGAAGCAGCUAGAGGCAGGAAGCAUCGCGGACUGUGCGGCCAAGUGUGAAGAGGAGACAGACUUUGUUUGCAGGUCAUUCCAGUACCACAGCAAAGAGCCACAAUGCGAGAUCAUGGCCGAGAAUAGCAAGGCUUCCUCCCUCAUCCGGAUGAGAGAUGUCAUCUUAUUCGAAAAGAGAGUGUAUCUGUUGGAAUGUAUGACCGGCACUGGGAGGAGCUACAGAGGAACCAUGUCUAAGACAAAAAAUGGGGUUACCUGUCAGAAGUGGAGUGACACGUCCCCACACGUCCCCAACUUUUCCCCUGAUAGAUACCCGAACGAGGGCCUGGAGGAGAACUACUGCAGGAACCCAGACAACGAUGAGCAGGGGCCCUGGUGCUACACCACGGACCCGGACCAGAGAUAUGACUACUGUGACAUCCCCGAAUGCGAAGAAGAAUGUAUGCACUGCAGUGGAGAAAAGUAUGAGGGGAAAAUCUCCAAGACCACGUCUGGACUUGACUGUCAGGCCUGGGACUCGCAGAGCCCGCACACUCAUGGAUACCUCCCUGCCAAAUUUCCAGGCAAGAACCUGAAGAUGAAUUACUGCCGCAAUCCUGACGGGGAGCCUCGCCCCUGGUGCUUCACCAUGGACCCCAACAAACGCUGGGAGUACUGUGACAUCCCUCGCUGUACAACACCCCCACCCCCACCCGGUCCAACCUAUCAAUGUUUGAAGGGAAGAGGUGAAAGCUACCGGGGGACCAUGUCUGUGACUGUGUCUGGGAAAACCUGUCAGCGCUGGAGUGAGCAAACCCCUCAUAAACACAACAGGACGCCAGAGAACUUCCCCUGCAAAAAUUUGGAAGAAAACUACUGUCGUAACCCUGAUGGAGAAACUGCUCCCUGGUGCUAUACCACCGACAGCCAGCUGAGGUGGGAGUACUGUGAGAUUCCGUCCUGCGAGUCCUCUUCGUCUUCACCAGACCUUUCAGAUUCCUCAGUUCUACCGGAGCGAACGCCUGUGGUCCAGGAAUGCUACCAGGGCAAUGGGCAGAGCUAUCGGGGCACAUCAUCUACCACCAUCACAGGGAAGAAGUGCCAGUCCUGGACAUCUAUGACUCCGCACCGGCAUGUGAAGACCCCACGGAACUUCCCAGAUGCCGGUUUGGAGAUGAACUACUGCAGAAACCCUGAUGCUGACAAGGGCCCUUGGUGCUACACCACUGACCCAAGCGUCAGGUGGGAAUACUGCAACCUGAAGAGAUGCUCUGAGACAGGAGGGAGUGCUGUGGAAUCGCCCAUGGUCCCCCAAGUUCCAAAUGUACCAGCCACCUCUGAGCCAGACUGUAUGUACGAGAACGGUAAGGACUAUCGGGGCAAAAUAGCCAUCACUGCAGCUGGCACUCCCUGCCAGGGAUGGGCUGCCCAGGAACCCCACAGGCACAGCAUCUUCACCCCACAGACAAACCCACGGGCAGGUCUGGAAAAGAAUUACUGCCGAAACCCGGACGGGGAUGUAAAUGGUCCUUGGUGCUAUACAAUGAACCCCAGAAAACUCUAUGACUAUUGUGAUGUCCCCCUGUGUGCAUCGUCAUUUGACUGUGGGAAGCCUCAGGUGGAACCGAAGAAAUGCCCUGGGAGGAUAGUGGGUGGCUGCGUGGCCAAUCCGCACUCCUGGCCCUGGCAGAUCAGUCUCAGGACAAGGUUUAGAGGCGAGCACUUCUGCGGAGGUACCUUAAUAUCCCCAGAGUGGGUACUGACAGCUGCACACUGCUUGGAGAAAUCUUCGAGACCUGAAUUCUACAAGGUUGUUCUGGGUGCACAUGAAGAAAAUGAAAUUGGGAGGAAUGUUCAGCAAAUAGAGGUAGCCAAGCUGUUCACGGAGCCCGGCCGAGCUGACAUUGCCCUGCUGAAGCUAAGCCGCCCCGCCACCAUCACUGAUAAAGUCAUUCCAGCCUGCCUGCCAUCUCCUAAUUAUGUGGUUGCUGACCGCACGCUCUGCUACAUCACUGGCUGGGGAGACACGAAAGGCACUUUUGGUGCUGGCCGCCUUAAGGAGGCUCAGCUGCCUGUGAUUGAGAACAAAGUGUGUAACCGUGAUGAGUAUCUACACGGCAGAGUCAGAGCCACGGAGCUCUGUGCGGGGCACUUGGCCGGUGGCAUCGACAGCUGCCAGGGUGACAGCGGUGGACCUCUGGUUUGCUUUGAGAAAGACAAGUACAUUUUACAAGGAGUCACUUCUUGGGGUCUUGGCUGCGCUCGUCCCAACAAGCCCGGGGUCUAUGUCCGAGUGUCACGGUUUGUUAAUUGGAUCCAAAUGGUGAUGAGGAAUAAUUAAUUAGGUGGGAGGGAGGCAGAGGAAAACAUUCCCUUCCUAAAACUUACUACACGUGGGGAGGGGACUUAGGUUGCUUGGAAAUAAUUGACAGUAAUCAAGCCGAGACACUACACUGAACCACUAUUUCCUGUCGCCUCUCAGCACCCCCUCUCCCCUUUUUGUAUUACUGUGGGUAAAAUUUUCUCGUCUGUGGACUUGUGGAUUUUGUGAGAAGAGACCAAAACUGCUAUGACAUUUGUUGAAAAUAAACUCUAUAUGUACUUUGA